AUGUUGAAACUGAAGCAGAGAAGGCAAAGUCUUUUUCCAAACUGUAAACUUGGAGGCACCAUUUCUACAACCAAAGAUGCUCAGAAAAGUGAUCAAGCCCUACCGUUUGCAAAAGAAAGCUGUGUAAAGCAAUGGAAUUCUAUGCAAGAGCUAAGUCAUGAUAUUUAUGAUAUUUAUGCUCAAUAUGAGGACUCAGGUGAUGAUGAAAAGCCCUUGCCAUUUAAACUCGGCUCCCCUUCCAAGAACUACAUGCUUAACAUCAAUGUUGGUGGCAAGAUUUACCAGAUUGCUUACAAAGCUGCAGCUAGGUAUCCAAAAACGAGGAUUGGGAGACUUGCUACCUACACGGACCAUAACAGGAAACUGGAUCUUUGUGAUGAUUAUAUUGUGCAAAGUAAUGAGUUUUUCUUUGAUAGAGAUCCAGAUAUCUUUCACCAUGUAUUCAACUUCUACAGAACAGGUGUCCUCUGGAUUAAAGAUGAGCUUUGUCCAAGAAACUUCCUGGAGGAGAUCAACUAUUGGGGGGUUAGAAUUAAAAAUACCCACAGAUGUUGCCGUAUUUCCUUUGAAGAGAGGCAAGAUGAGUUAAAUGAACAGCUCAAGGUUCAAAAGGAACUUCAAGCUGAAGUUGAGUUUGAGGAAAAUGAGGAACUCUUUAAAGACAUGAAGUAUGGCAAACCAAGGAGAAUAAUAUGGAAUCUAAUGGAGAAACCUUUUUCAUCAGUCACUGCUAAACUAAUGGCUGUGGCCUCAAGCUUGUUUGUUUUAGUCUCACUUGUGGCCAUGACGUUAAACACUGUUGAGGAAAUGCAGUACAAAACUCACACUGGGCAACUAAGUGGUAAAACCUACCUUGAACAUGUCGAGACCCUUUGUAUUGUUUUCUUCACAGUGGAGUACAUCUUGAGACUUGUGUCUACACCAGAUCUGAAACAGUUUAUUAAAAGUGUUUUGAAUGCAGUUGAUUUAAUUGCCAUCCUCCCACUUUUUCUUCAGAUUAUACUGGAAUGCUUUGAGAAUGAGGACUAUGGAAAACAUGGCCAUGACAUAGAAACUGUGGGUAGGGUAGGGAAAGUUGGUCAAGUAUUGAGAAUCAUGAGGCUAAUGAGGAUCUUUAGGAUCUUGAAGCUUGCUCGUCAUUCAACUGGUUUGAGAGCUUUUGGUUUUACUUUAAGGCAAUGCUACCAGCAGGUUGGGUGCCUCUUCCUCUUCAUAGCCAUGGGGAUUUUCACCUUCUCUGCAAUGGUCUACACAGUGGAGCAUGAUGUUCAUGAGACCAACUUUACCAGCAUUCCUCAUGCCUGGUGGUGGGCAGCUGUGAGCAUUUCAACUGUAGGCUACGGAGACAUGUUUCCAGAAACGCUUCUGGGGAGGUUUUUUGCUUUUGCCUGCAUUGCCUUUGGAAUCAUCCUCAAUGGAAUGCCUAUCUCGAUUCUCUAUAAUAAAUUCUCAGACUACUAUACCAAGCUGAAGGCUCAUGAGUACACAUCCAAACUGCAGCAUAGAGGGAAGAUUACGUUUUCUAAAAGAGCAACAAGGAAGAUAACAGAGUGCUGUGGGGGUGACCAACGUCACCAUUUGCCAAGACACAGAAACUUAUAAUAUUUAAAUGUUAUUG